GCGGCCCCACAGAACACACUAAAGCCACCGACCUACCUCUCUUUCUCGCUCAUCCUGUCGCGCACUAACUCUCUCUCUUCCUCUCGUAGCUUCUUUCUCGGUGUCUUCUUCCGGCAUAACUCACAUGUUACUAUCUACCUUCUUCCUCUUCGUCUCCUCCCUCUCACGGUCUCACCUUAACUUAGCCCUUAAGAAAACGCUCUCUCUUCAUGUUUUCUUCUUAUAAAUAUAUAAAACCGAGCUCAGGAAAGCAUAGGAGGAUAAUUCUUUUGUCUAGUCAAUCCAUCAACCGCCGAUAAGCCAAUUAGUCAGGCUAAUUUCGCAGUAGAAAUCAAAAAGGUUGCAGCUUUCCUAAACCGUUCAAAGUUCGCUUCCCAGUCCGAUAUGUUCUCUUCGUCUCUCUUGAAACCCAUCCCUGACAACUUGUUCAGUGAAGCAGUAGGAACCUCUACGUUCUUCACUCUCCUCUUAUUCUCCCGUUUCCUUCGCCUUGUAUUCACUAAUCGCUGAAUUAGAGCAAAAAUUGAAAUGGGGCUUAGCUCGAACCAAGUUUCCGUUGAUAUCCAUCACUGGCCUCAGUUUCUAUUAAGGGUGGAUUGGAAUUUCUAAAAUCGGAGGGGAGAGAAGAAAAGCAGAACGCACCUCUGCUAAUGUGUCCACGGUGUGAAUCAACAAACACCAAGUUCUGCUACUAUAACAACUACAGCCGCUCGCAGCCGCGCCACUUUUGUCGGGUUUGCCGUCGCCAUUGGACCGAAGGCGGUACUCUUCGCAACAUCCCCGUCGGCGGCGGUCGCAAGAAUAAACGCCGAAAGAUUACACCCACCGCCACUUCAUUAGCCGCUGCAGCCGGCGGGAAUCCUAUAGCGCCAGUCGUUGGAGAGAUGAAAGAUCCCAUCUUUCCGGACAUUCUCCGUCAGGUACUACUCCACCAGCCGCCGCCGCCGCCGCCGCCGCUGCCCCUGGAAUCGCCAUGCAUGGACACCUUGGAAGGGUUAUUUGGUGCUUCGCUGCCGAAAACUUUUUUAACAUUUAUGGAAGAUUUUAGUGGCGUGAGCUCCGGCUUGGCCUUGUCAGCAGGGGAAAUUCCGUUUAUGGGGGCGGCAUCUACCUCCCAUCAGAAUUUGAGCGGAGUCCAAGACGUCAGCGGCGGAUGCGGCGAUGGUUUUUUGGGAAUGAUGGACGCCUCGGCGGCUAGUAUUUGGGUUAAGAAGGAGACGGUGUUUCCGGCGAGCUAUUGGGAUUUUUGGGAUGGCGGCGCCGAGGAUUUGAACAUUGGUGCUGUGGCGGAGACUAUGCUUCCGGAGUGACUCUCGCAGCCUUUUGAAACUGUUCUGUGCGGCUUUAUUUACCGCUAAAUGCAUUAUAUGAAUAAAGAGGAAGUUCUGCUC